AUGGCCGGGAAUGUGCAAUUUGGCGACCAUACACUCUCCCUCCCCGACCUGCAGCAACGACACCGCUUCCUCUCAAGAAGAGCAGCGCAAACCUACCGCUGUGCCGACCUGGCCUGGUUUGAAAUCCGGGACCUGCAGAAGACAUUUGGACUCACGGAUGUUUUGAUCCUCCAGGAAUUCGAUGAUGACUCUUGUGUCAUCUCUUCGCAUCAAGGGUACUUCGCUCUUAAUAGAGCGGCUAGGAGGGUGACGUUAGAUAGGAGUCGAGCGGAGAUUGUGGCCUUGGGAAAGGAUGGGGACGGUUGCUUGGUUGACGUGCGGAGGAGGGGGGCCGUCAAUGAGGUGGAGAAACCGGCCCAGAGGCAAGGGGGAGCAGUUGGAGGAGGAUAG